CUCUUGGUUAGGCGUACAACACCCAAGGAAUGAGACCAUCUAACCCAUGAUCAUGCCAAGAUACUUGUCACCCACACCUCACCUACUGUUUCCUUUUCCUUAUAUACCCACACUCCCCAACCUCAAAAGCAUCUGCGUCCAUGGAAGAAUCCAACCUGUUGCCCUCUGCGUCUUCUUCUUCUUCUUCUUCUUCUUCUUCUUCCCUGUUUGGACUGCACACCUGCUCUCUACUCGCUCUGUUUCUGCUUUCUUGGGUCUUCAUCCACAGGUGGAAGCAGAGACACCAGAGAUGCCCCAAGACAUGGCCUGUCAUCAGAUCAACCAUCGAGCAGCUCAAGAACUACGACCGCAUGCACGACUGGCUCGCCGGCUACCUCUCGGAAUCGAAGACGGUGACCGUCUCGCUGCCGUUCAAAUCCUACACCUACAUCGCCGAUCCUGCAAGCGUCGAACAUGUCCUCAAGACCAACUUCGCCAACUACCCCAAGGGGGAAGCGUAUCGAUCCUACAUGGAUGUGCUGCUCGGAGACGGCAUCUUCAAUGCGGACGGUGAGCUGUGGCGGGCGCAGAGGAAGACGGCCAGCCUCGAGUUCGCGUCGAAGAAUCUGAGGGACUUGAGCACUCGUGUGUUCAGAGAACAUGCUUUGAAGCUCUCACGAAUACUAUGCCAAGUUCCGGUCGAUCGCGACGUCGACAUGCAGGAUCUGUUCAUGAGGAUGACGUUGGACUCCAUCGCCAAGGUUGGAUUUGGAGUCGAGAUCGGAACGCUAGCAGCUGACCUCCCCGAGAACGCAUUUGCUCAGGCUUUCGAUGAUGCUAAUAUCAUCGUCACUAACCGAUUCAUCGAUCCCUUUUGGAGGAUCAAAAGGCUUCUUCGCGUGCAAGGAGAGGCGCGCCUGCAGCGGAGCAUCAAAGUCCUCGAUGAGUUCACCUACGACAUUAUUCGUCGGAGGAAAGCAAAGAUCAAGCUUGCACGAGCCAAGAGAAAUGGAGAUGAGAUGAAGCACGAUCUGCUGUCGAGGUUCAUCGAGCUCGGCGAGGGCGACGGCAGCAUCUUCAGCGACGACAAGAGCCUCAGAGAUGUGGUCCUUAACUUUGUGAUCGCAGGAAGAGACACGACGGCGGCGACGCUGUCAUGGUUCAUCUACAUGGUGAUGACACACCCUGGUGUGGCCGAGAAGCUCCAUGACGAGCUCAGGGCAUUCGAAGAAGAGCGCGCCAAGGAAGAAGGUGUUGCGCUACUGGUCGAGGCUUUCGAUGACAGGAUGACGCAGUUUGCUGGCUUCCUCAGCUAUGAUUCCAUGGGAAGAUUGGCUUACCUCCAUGCAUGCAUCUCAGAGACUCUCAGACUGUACCCUGCAGUUCCUCAGGAUCCUAAAGGAAUUCUGAAGGAUGAUGUUCUACCAGAUGGAACAAAGGUGAAAGCAGGUGACAUGGUUACCUAUGUUCCCUAUGUCAUGGGGAGAAUGGAGUACAACUGGGGACCUGAUGCAGCACUGUACAAACCUGAGAGGUGGUUCAAGGAUGGGAUAUUGCAGACCGUCUCCCCAUUCAAGUUCACAGCAUUCCAGGCUGGACCGCGAAUAUGUCUGGGGAAAGACUCUGCUUACCUGCAAAUGAAGAUGACACUGGCUAUCCUGUGCAGGUUCUUCACAUUCACUCUGGUGCCAAAUCAUACAGUGCAGUAUAGGAUGAUGACAAUACUAUCAAUGGCUCAUGGACUAAAAGUUUAUAUUUCCCGACGAUAAUAAUGUCAUGAAAAUGUAAUAACUGCAUUGCCAUAUGAGUAAGGACUACAGUACAAGAUCA